AUGGGUCCGGUGGUUUUAGUGUCACCACAAAGGUCUGGACUCAGCGGCGCGCAACUGAAGCGGCUGGAUGAGUUAAACAAAAUCUGGCAGGAGAUUCUUGCUGAACGGCGCUCGCAAAAGGCCCUGGCUGCCAUUGCAAAUGGAGAAGGACCUCACUUCGUGGGGAAUGCGCCGCAGAAAAACCAGCUUGGAGCACCAGCCAAAGUUGCUGGUCAGCACUUCUCUGUUCCUGAAGAACUGGAUCCAGCCAAUGCAAGCAUCCUCCACAUGGCCCAUCCUCGGAGCCGGGAGGUUGCCAUGCUCAUGGCCGAGCAUGCGAGGUGGGCUCAAAGAGAUGCGCUAAAGGCACUCUUCCUUGCAGCAUCAGAUUCUAAUCAGGCUUUUGAAGCUGCGCGUCGAGCGAAUGAAGCUGUCAUGCAGGCUAUGCGCCAGCCGAAUGCAAGCUUUCCAGUCUAUGCUGAAAAGCCUUUGCCCUUGGAGCCAUGGCUCGCUACCGAGAAAUGGCCUACGGACCCUCCAGAUCCACUGCGGACAAUGCCACUAGGCAAUCCUCCACCUGGAGUUCAUUUGGAAAGGUUGGCUCAAUGGUUCCAACUCCAUCCACGACCUCCCAUGGCCAAGCCUGUAGAUCACAUUGAUGUGAAGCCCCCGGACACUUCAAAGGGAACUAACGCCGAGGCUUGGAGCACCGUGAACGCAGCAUCUGCUGGUCUGCAGGCUCCAUCGAUGCCACAUCGGGCACCAGCACCAGUGCCUUUCCUAUCAGGGAGGGAUCCAUACAUGAGCAAGCCUCCACCGCCUCCGGGUCCUGAUGAUGAUCCUGAUCCUCUGCCGGAUCAGAAAACACCACCAUCACCUGGUAUUGCACCUCCAAAGGGAGGACUUCCACCACCACUGGAACCUCCAGCGAGCCAGCUGUGCGUGAGCGAUGGUAUCCUCAUGAGCUCUUCUCUCCUGGAAAGAGCCCUUUCAACACGGAGAAGGAGGCGGCAGCGACGGGAUGAGAUGACAAAGUUCUUCUGUUCCACCUCCACUGUGGCUGUCUUCUGAUGCAGCGGCUGCUGGACUCCAUCCUACUUUGAGCUAAUGACAAGUGCGGCCAAAGCAGCCACUUGAGUCCCAAUCUUAUAGUGACUUCUUGAAGGCUCGUGUUUUCCUCCAAGGGUCUGAUAGUCUGAUGCCUCUACAUCUUGCCUCAAAGUCAGGCAGCCAGGCAUAAAAA